UUUUUAAUGUCAAAUUUAACUAUAAAUUUACUUCUUGAGCUUCCACUUUUUCGUGCACUUUCUGCACAUAAAACGAACAUAUGUACACAAAAUGCAUCCUCGUUUUAAUAUAUGAAAAGCAAUCAGAAAGCAUAUAAAUGCGCGUUGAAUUUAAUUCCACAAUAUGAAAGCAUAAGUGAAAAUUUUACGUUGAAAAUUAGUGAAAUUGAUAAUUACAGAUUUGUUUUGGCGUGUAAAUAAAGAAAGGAAAUUAGUGUGUUAGGUGCAUUCACACUCUCAAUUUUUCUAUAUUCUUAGAUGUUUUAUUCUAGUUGGAACAAAUUAUAGCUUCAAUAUAUAUUAAAAAAAAAAUAAAAUAAAGCUUCUAACUAAAGUAUUAAUCUUAACCUUAAAGUAUUCGUCAAAAAUAUCGAUACAUUUACACAAGAUUAUACUGAGUUCAAUGCAGUGAAUGCUUCGAAAAUAAUAAAUUUAUUAAAUAUAUAAAAUUAGCAUCAAAACUCUCUGUCAUCUGAAAACAUACGAUAUGAAAGUUAUAAAAGCUAAUUGGAAUACUCUUUUGAGCAAUUACGAGGUUCUGGAUAUCUUGCGGAACACAAAGUCUUAUAAACAGAAACCAUCAAAUCAAUUGGCGACUGUUACUUAUCAGACAAUCAAGUAUUUGGAAACCAUGCCGUGCAAGACGCAAAGUCCAGAAAAAAUCAAGGAAUUUUUAAAAGCAAUGGAGCCUAUCAAAUUGACUAAAGCUGAAAAGCUUGCUCUUCUCAAUCUUUGUCCUACUAGACCAAUCGAAAUACAAUUGUUAGUAGAAGAAAGCGAGGAACGUCUAACAGAAGAGGAAGUUGAAACUGUGUUGCAGAUAGUUGCAAAUGUGCGUGGAGAUUAUGAAUAUAAAGAAGAAGAGACUUAAUCUAGAUCUUAACAUAACUCUUAUUUAAAUAUAUUUUAUAUGUACAUUUUAUUUUAUAAUAAAACAUGACUGGAAAUAGUAUAUUAAAUACAA